AUGUGUCCCCUUCAGACGCCGGCUCCCACCUCGGAAGCAUCUUCAGCACUUGUGGCGCGCCUUCCCAGCAAGCACACGAUCGCCUUCGCCAUGACUGUCGUUCGUUACAAGCCUCCAGAGCUCAAAUACAUCAAGUUGCUCAGACAACACAUUGCCAAGGGACGUCGAGAGAACGCGUUGAGCAGUGUCUAUUCUCAUCUGGACCGCUCUGCGUAUUGGCGAUCCGAAGCUGAACGGGGGCGAGCUGCUCUGCGCUCUGCAGAGAAGGAGGCUAUCGACUUGCGACGCGAGAUCGCCACGUUGAAAGGCAAGCUGGACAAUCGCCCCUCGAGCCCGGUGAAGAAACGAAAGAAGGUAGAUGCGGAUGUCAUUCUCGUGCCUCGAAGUCCGAAGAAGGCCAAGAGAACUGCUUCACCGAUGCGAAAUGGUCCACUGGUCACUGACCUGACUAUUGAAGAGGAGUACAGCCAAGCUGGAGAGAUUGGCACCAAGCUGCUGCGGGCCGUCUUCCACAUCUUGGAAGCCUUGAAGCCAGGUCGGCGUACCGAGACAGACGAAUUGGCAUACCACAUCGAGCGAGCGUGCUCAGUCAUUCCUUCGAUCGUGCAAGAAGAAUUAGACAAGCUGAUUGCAGAUUCAAAGGCUGGUGAGGAGCAGUCCAAGGCUGCGCUUACCAUCGCUACUCGUGCGUUGGCUACCAUCCUGGCCGGCUAUACUCGCCUUGGGAAAACGCAGCCGCAAUCUCCAGGCUCCUCAGUGCCUGGGAAGGUCACUUAUGCAAUGGUCGUCAUGUUCAGGAAACUGGUGGAACAGUUGACUGUUCUGUCUGAUCGAGGGGCAACGAAGAAGGAGAAUGUUGAUGAUAACGUUCUUGCUUCGACCAACGCACGACCAUCUACAGCUCGACCGGCUAACAGUCAUGCAAAAGGCGGUAUAUCGAGACCUUCAACAGCACGACCGUCUUCUCCCAAAAAGGCAAAAGCCAAGACUCCAGCCCGCGCGAAGAAUCCAAAGGACGAGAGGGUCAAAGAGAACCCAGUUCUUGCGCUCUACACCACAUUUCUCGGUAAGGUCAUCGACAUGAUCGACCCGAAAAUGGAAUCCAAUCAUGCUCUCUUCGAAGGUUUCACUUAUUGCGUUCUCAACCAUUUGGGCAAGAGGCUUUACACCAUCGUCUUUGGGAAGAGCAGAGCGCCAACUCUGGAGGCUGAGAUCAAGCAAGGCAUCGAUGGGCACCCCGAUGAAACUUCACCGGAUCCUAUCUCUGCGCCAGAACUCACACACGAGCAAAAGCAAACCAGACUCGAAGCUCCGUAUCUGCUUCAUCUCCUCAAUCGAGUCAUGAUCGCCGUGCCAGCCUUUUACGGAAAUGUGCACGGCAUCAAGAACAGCGGCAAAACGAAGAAUGUGAAUAAAGCUCCAGCGAAGAAUACGCUUGCCAUCUCGGCGAAAGAGUGUCUGCAGAGAACCCUGGUCAAUUGCAUGUUUGGCACGGAAGGUGUGGUGGACGACCCAUUCAAAGAGUAUCUGAGAAUGCCAGGUCCUGGCGAGGCAACGAUGACGGUGCCGAAGAUCAAAGAAGUCGAUGUAACGAAGCAUUUCCAGGAAGAGGUUUGGCGUUGUCUGGGGUGGGAUAUUCUGGCGAAGGAGGGGGAGUGGUAA